GCCGUUGGUCGCGUCUGCGCUCGGUGUGCCGCCAUUAAUCAACGCUGUGACGGCGCCUCGCCUUGCUCUCGUUGCGCCCGUCUGGGCCACUUCUGUGAGCCUCAACAAUCCGGCAGACCGGCUUCGGAGGCUCGGUCGCUAGCUUCUCGCCGGCCCAGGGCCUCCCGGUCGCGAGGCGGAUGUGUCUCCUGCAAGAACAGGAAGAAGAAGUGUGAUGAGAACCGACCUCGAUGUAGCGACUGCCGUCGGUUGAACUUGCCAUGUCACUGGAGUCCGUCGCCUGGAUCUCCGUCUUCUGAACCUGCUCAUGAUCUGAUCCUGUCUUCCGCAUUGGAUCUCGUUCCAGGAUUGGAUCCGAUCUCAUCAUCCGUCGACGGUGAUCCAGGAUCUCCCUUCUCGCCCUCCUGGUUCGAUGUGGAGAUGAUCCUCAGACCCAUACAACCACUGGACACCGGGUUCAGCCCCCACCUUCACAAUGACGACGAUCGCAGUCUAUUCAACCACUAUAUACAUAUCGUAGCGCGCGCCCUGUCGCGCUCCACUACGGAGGCCGCUAGCAACCCAUUCCUGGCAACUCUACUUCCAAUGGCCGCCACAUCGGAGACUCUAACCAGCGUCAUUUUGGGUCUGAGUGGCUGCCAUUGGCGGCGGGUCUAUCCCCAAAUCUGGGGUCAGGCCCUGACGCGUCAAGGAAGAGCCUUAACUCAAGUCAGCAACCUGCUCAGUCAGCCGAGUCGACCGAAUCCGCAAUCCUUCCUCGAGGCCUGUACCACCAUUCUGCUCCUCUGUCUCACGGAACUGUUUGAAGGCACGUCUCGCAUUUGGAGAUGGCAUCUCAAAGCGGCCGGGAGCCUUCUCCGCGCCGUCGACCAGCCCCGCCUCGCAUCCACCCCAGAAGGAACGUUCUGUCUCCAGCUCUUUCACUACAUCGACUCCAUGUCCACCAUCUCCCGGUGCAAGCCCCCGUUGUUGCGGGCGGGCGAGCGAUUAACCGACCUCACAUCAGGUUCCUCCCUCCCGACAUACCUUCCCACCGCUUCACACACUUCGGAAAACACGAUCUCCGGAAUCCCAGCAGCACUGCUGGAGUACCUCGGUCGGGUCAAUCUCCUAGCGGCCCAUCGGAGCCGACGCAUUGAUGACCUUUCGGAGAUUGGGUUUCGGACGGCCGCCGCCCAUGUGCACGCACAGCUGGAUGUCUGGCGGCUGGAGUAUGAGGCGUCCAGCACGGUCGCGACGAGCAGUGAUGUGGAUUGGGCCACGACGGCCUUUGAGUGGGCGAUCCGAUUGCGACUGCAUCAGAUCGUCGACGGAUACGAUCCGCACCACGCGGAUGUGGAGACUGCCCUCUCGCGGAUCGUGACGGCAGUGUUGGCCAUUCCCUACGGCAGCCCCGUGGAGGGCAGUCUUCUGUUUCCGAUGGUGAUUUCCGGCGCGAGCAGUAGGGAUCUGGAGCGGCGGAUGGUCAUCAAGGAACGACUGAUGGUCAUGGAAAACACAUUGGGCUUCGGCCAUAUCCCACAUGCGCGACAGCUGCUGGAAACCGUCUGGGCUGAUGAAAGGGGAGACGGGAAUUGGGCGAGAAUUCGCUUUGAUUUGUUUCCGGGGAUGGUAUUCAUCUAA